GCGCGUCGUUCGCCCGCCCGCCCGCUCGCUCUUCCUGUGCGGAGGAGAUCGCAUUUCCCCGCGGCAUCCGCGGACACCAGGCUGGCCCGGCCGGUGCGCGGCCAGGGCCUGGUCCCCGCGCCGCCGGCUCCCCGCGCCCCCGGGCGACGCCCCCGCCCGCGGCUGGGCUCGGAGAGUCGAGUUGGAGAGCGAGACAGCGGCGAGGGCGCGAGGCGAGCGGAGCAGGCCGACCUGCGCGGCCCGAGCGCCGGCGCGAGGAGGGGGCCACACGGCCCGCCCUCCUUCCUGCCUGGCCGCGGGCCGGCCGGGCCGGCGCGCCCUGACCCCCAUGGCCAGCCGAGCCUCCGGGCCGCGAAGUCGCAGCGCCAGACGCAGGGUCCCCGAGUGAGCGCGGGCGCCGAGGAUCUCAUCUGGCCGCCGCGUUCUGGACGAGGCGAAGGGGGAGAGCGCGCGAAAGAGGAAGAGGGACGGCGCGGGGAAAGGGAGACGGCGAGACGCGCAGCGCUGGCGCCCGGGUGACCCGGGAGGAGCCCGCAGAUAACCAGCCCAAGUCAUGCAGUCUUUUCGAGAAAGGUGUGGUUUCCAUGGCAAACAGCAGAACUACCAGCAGACCUCACAGGAGACAUCUCGCCUGGAGAAUUACAGGCAGCCAAGCCAGGCGGGGCUGAGCUGCGACCGGCAGCGGCUGCUGGCCAAGGACUAUUAUAACCCACAGCCCUACCCUGGCUAUGAGGGCGGAGCCUCGCCUGCCAGCACGGCCCGAGGUGGCAAAGGCCUGCUCUCACAGCAGGCCCUGCAGGGGAGGCCAGCCUUCUCCGGCUACAGCGUCCAGGACAGCAGCCCUUACCCAGGCCGGUACUCAGGCGAGGAGGGCCUGCAGGCCUGGGGUGCCCCCCAGCAACCCCCACCCCAGCCCCAGCCCCUGCCAGCGGGCGUGGGCAAAUAUGAUGAGAACUUGAUGAAAAAGACAGCAGUGCCCCCUGGCAGGCAGUACCCAGAGCAGGGCGCCCAGCUGCCCUUUCGGACUCACUCCCUGCACGUCCAGCAGCAGCUGGCACAGCCCCAGCAGCCCCUGGCAUACCCCAAACUCCAAAGGCAGAAACUGCAGAACGACAUAGCCUCGCCUCUGCCCUUCCCUGCGAGCGGCCACUUCCCCCAGCACUCCCAGUCCUUCCCCACCUCUUCCACCUAUUCGUCCCCUGGCCAGGGUGGGCAGGGGGCCCACUCCUAUAAAAGCUGCACCGCACCAUCCACCCAGCCCCACGACAGGCCGCUGACUGCCAGUGCCAGCCUGGCCCCAGGGCAGCGGGUCCAGAACAUCCAUGCCUAUCAGUCUGGCCGCCUCAGCUACGACCAGCAGAAGCAGCAGCAGGUACUUCAGAGCCGGCACCAUGCCCAGGAAACCCUCCAUUACCAAAACCUUGCCAAGUACCAACACUAUGGGCAGCAAGGCCCUGGCUACUGCCAGCCAGACGGGGCUGUCAGGACGCCGGAACAGUACUAUCAGACCUUCAGCCCCAGCUCCAGCCACUCACCUGCACGCUCUGUGGGCCGCUCCCCUUCCUACAGCUCCACCCCAUCGCCACUGAUGCCCAACCUGGAGAACUUCCCCUACAACCAGCAGCCGCUCAGCACCGGGGCCUUCCCUGCUGCCAUCACUGACCACAGCCACUUCAUGCCCCUGCUCAACCCCUCCCCAACAGAUGCCACCAGCUCCGUGGACACCCAGGCCGGCAACUGCAAGCCACUGCCCAAGGAUAAGCUCCCGGAGAACCUGCUGUCAGACCUCAGUCUGCAGAGCCUCACGGCCCUGACCUCCCAGGUGGAGAACAUCUCCAACACAGUCCAGCAGCUGCUGAUCUCCAAGGCUGCUGUGCCGCAGAAGAAGGGAGUUAAGACCCUGGUGUCUAGGACCCCAGAGCAGCACAAAAGCCAGCACUGCAGCCCCGAGGGCAGUGGCUAUUCGGCUGAGCCGGCAGGCACGCCACUGUCAGAGCCACUGAGCAGUACGCCGCAGUCCACCCAUGCCGAGCCGCCAGAGGCCGACUACCUGAGUGGCUCCGAGGACCCACUGGAGCGCAGCUUCCUCUACUGCAGCCAGGCCCGCAGCAGCCCUGCCAGAGUCAACAGCAACUCGAAAGCCAAGCCUGAGUCCGUGUCGACCUGCUCUGUGACCUCGCCGGACGACAUGUCCACCAAGUCUGAUGACUCCUUCCAGAGCCUGCACAGCAGCCUGCCACUUGAUAGCUUCUCCAAGUUUGUGGCCGGAGAGCGGGACUGCCCGCGGCUGCUGCUCAGUGCCCUGGCACAGGAGGACCUAGCCUCUGAGAUCCUGGGGCUGCAGGAGGCCAUUGGUGAGAAGACUGACAAGGCCUGGGCUGAGGCGUCUAGCCUGGCCAAGGAUGCCAGCAAGCCGCCCUUCUCACUAGAGAACCAUAGUGCCUGCCUGGACUCUGUUGGCGAUAACGCAUGGCCGCGGCCAGGGGAGCCAGAAGCCCUGCCCCAGUCCUUGCAGCUGGACAAGGGUGGCAACGCCAAGGACUUCAGCCCGGGGCUGUUUGAAGACCCUUCCGUGGGCUUUGCAACCCCUGACCCCAAAAAGACAACUGGUCCCCUCUCCUUUAGUACCAAGUCCACCCUCGAGGCUGCCACCUCAGACCCCUCCGUGGCAGCUUUUGACUGUUUCCCGGACACGACCACUGCUGGCUCAGCAGACAGUGCCAACCCCUUUGCCUGGCCCGAGGAAAACCUGGGGGAUGCUUGUCCUCGGUGGGGGCUUCACCCUGGUGAGCUCACCAAGGGCCUGGAGCAGGGCGGGAAGGCCUCCGAUGGCACUGGCCAGGAGAAUGCCCACGAGGCCGUGGCCUGCCUGGGUUUCCAGGAGGAGGAGCCCCCUGGGGAGAAGGCUGCUGUGCCCCGGGACUCCAAGCAGGAGGAGGCGGGUGGGGUGAAGGAGGAGGUGGGUGGGCUGCUGCAGUGCCCUGAGGUGGGCAAGGCCGACCGGUGGCUGGAGGACAGCCGGCACUGCUGCUCGGCCGCGGACUUUGGGGACCUCCCUCUGCUGCCGCCCACGGGCAGGAAGGAGGACCUGGAGGCAGAGGAGGAAUACUCCUCCCUGUGUGAGCUCCUGGGCAGCCCUGAGCAGAGGCCCAGCAUGCAGGACCCACUGUCACCAAAGGCCCCACUGCUGUGCACUAAGGAGGAGGUGGAGGAGGUGUUGGAUGCCAAGUCUGGCUGGGACUCCCCGUGCCACCUCUCUGGGGAGUCUGUCAUCUUGCUGGGCCCCACAGUCGGUGCUGAGUCGAAGGUCCAGAGCUGGUUUGAAUCUUCCCUGUCCCACAUGAAGCCAGGUGAAGAAGGGCCCGAGGGUGGUUCCACCACCCUGGCCCCAGACACCUCCCUGGCCCAGAAGCCAAACAAGCCCGCUGUGCCUGAGGUGCCCAUCGCUAAGAAAGAGCCUGUGCCACGUGGCAAAAGUUUACGGAGCCGGCGGGUGCACCGGGGGCUGCCUGAGUCCGAGGACUCCCCGUGCAGGGCCCCAGCACUGCCCAAAGACCUCCUGCUCCCUGAAUCCUGCACAGGUGCCCCCCAGGGACAGAUGGAAGGGGCAGGGGCCCCAGGCCGGGGGGUCUCAGAAGGGCUCCCCAGGAUGUGCACCCGCUCCUUCACAGCCCUGAGUGAGCCCCGCACACCAGGCCCCCCAGGCCUGACCACCACCCCCACCCCACCAGACAAACUGGGAGGCAAGCAGCGAGCUGCCUUCAAGUCAGGCAAGCGGGUGGGGAAGCCCUCACCCAAGGCUGCAUCCAGCCCCAGUAACCCGGCCGCCCUGCCUGUGGCCUCUGACAGCAGCCCCAUGGGCUCCAAGACCAAGGAAACAGACUCUCCUGGCACCCCCGGCAAAGACCAGCGCUCUAUGAUCCUUCGGUCCCGCACCAAAACCCAGGAGGUCUUCCACGCCAAGCGGCAGCGGCCCUCAGAAAGUCGGCUCCCCAACUGCCGCACCACCAAGAAGCUCCUCGCCAACAGCCACCUGCCCACCACAUUCAAGGUCUCUGGUAGCCUCCAGAAGGAAGGCAGGGCCAGCCCACGGGCGAGGGUCCCCAAGCCUGGUGCAGGUGGCAAGCUUUCUGACCGGCCCCUCCACACACUGAAGAGGAAGUCGGCCUUCAUGGCACCGGUUCCCACAAAGAAACGGCAUCUGGUCUUACGUAGCAGCAGCACUGGUGGCAGUGGGGUGGAUGUGAAUGAAGAGAGGGCUGAGGGCUCGCCCACCUUCUUCAAAAGGAUGUCUUCUCCCAAGAAGACCAAGCCCAGCAGGGGUAACAGUGAGUCCACUGUGAAGCCGCCUCCCCUGGAGACCCCGGACGCCUGCCUGAAGCUUGCCUCGCGAGCAGCCCUCCAAGGGGCCGUGAAGACCAAGGUGCUGCCACCCCGGAAAGGCCGGGGCCUGAAGCUGGAGGCCAUUGUGCAGAAGAUCACCUCACCCAGCCUCAAGAAGUUCGCAUGCAAAGCGCCAGGGGGCCCUCCCAGUCAUCCUCUGAACCCAUCCUUCCCUGAGAGGGACCGUGGGCUCAAGAGUGCUGGGGGCAGCCCAGCGGGGGCAGAAGAAGGCCUCAUAAAUACGGGUGCUGGGCAGAAGCUCCCAGCAGCUUCAGGACCUGAGCUGUUAUGCAGAAAUCCAACCAACAGAUCCUUAAAAGGCAAACUCAUGAACAGUAAGAAACUGUCUUCAACUGACUGUUUCAAAACUGAGGCCUUCACACCCCCCAAGGCCCUGCUCCCUGGGGGACCUGCCUUGGCACCUAAGAAGAGAAGCCGGAAAGGCAGGGCUGGAGCGCCCCUGGAGAAGCGGCCUCAUCUAGGCCCGAGUCUGCACCUGACUUCCCAGGACACACAGGGGGAUGGCGAGGACAGCUCUGGGGGAGGAGGCAAGAAGCCAAAGACAGAGGAACUGGGCCUGGCCUCCCAGCCCCCAGAGGGCCGGCCUUCCCAGCCCCAAACGAGGGCACAGAAGCAGCCAGGCCACGCCAGCUACAGCAGCUAUUCCAAGCGAAAGCGCCUCACGCGGGGCCGGGCCAAGAAUAGCACGUCCUCACCCUGUAAGGGGCGUGCCAAGCGGAGGAAGCAGCAGGUGCUGCCCCUGGAUCCCGCAGAACCUGAAAUCCGCCUCAAGUACAUUUCCUCAUGCAAGCAACUGCGGGCAGACAGCCGCACCCCGGCCUUCUCACCCUUCGUGCGGGUGGAGAAGCGAGAUGCGUUCACCACUGUAUGCACUGUCAUCAACUCCCCUGGGGAGGAGCCCAAGCUCCACAGGAAGCCUUUCUCCUCCACCUCCUCUUCCUCAUCCUCAUGCUCUUUCUCCCUGGACACACUCCCUGGAGGCUCUGUCCUGCAGCCACGGCCCUCCCUGCCCCUCUCCUCCACCAUGCACCUGGGGCCUGUGGUUUCUAAGGCCCUGAGUACCUCUUGCCUUGUUUGCUGCCUCUGCCAAAACCCAGCCAACUUCAAGGACCUCGGGGACUUGUGUGGGCCCUACUACCCUGAGCACUGCCUCCCCAAAAAGAAGCCAAAACUCAAGGAGAAGGUACGGCUGGAGAGCACCUGUGAGGAGGCCUCGCUGCCCCUCGAGAGAACACUCAGAGGCCUGGAGUGUCCAGCUGCCCCCGGGAAGCCCCCCAGGCCCGAGGGCCUGGCUGACCCAGCCAAGCAGGGCUCACUGCGCACCAGCACCCGGGGCCUGUCCCGGAGGCUGCAGAGUUGCUACUGCUGUGACGGUCGGGCAGAUGGUGGCGAGGAGGCAGCCCCAGUGGACAGGAGCCGCAGGCAUGAGUGCAGCAAGGAGCCACCUGCAGAGCCCAGCAGGGACCCCCAGGAGCACUGGGUGCACGAGGCCUGCGCUGUGUGGACGGGCGGGGUCUACCUGGUGGCCGGGAAGCUCUUUGGGCUGCAGGAGGCCAUGAAGGUGGCCAUGGACAUGACUUGUUCCAGCUGCCAAGAAGCCGGGGCCACCAUCGGGUGCUGUCACAAGGGGUGCAUCCACACCUACCAUUACCCAUGUGCCAGCGAUGCAGGUUGCAUUUUCAUCGAAGAGAACUUUUCUUUGAAAUGUCCCAAACAUAAGCGGCUGCCCUUGUAAUACAUCCCAACCGCCAGAGAAGCCUCCGGAGCCUGCCGCAGAAGAGGAGCCGCCUGCGCAGCUCCCGGGCCUUUGAGCUGCUCCCCGGCGCGGGUCCAGAGCCGAUCCUUGAUCCGGAUUCCGGGUCUUGGAUCUGGCCGCCUAGGGCAGAAACUCCGCGGUCCCGGGUUAGGAAGAAAACACGUUCCAGAGCCGCCUGCUCCAGGAACUGGACGACACUGGGCGUACCUGCCCAUAUUCCCGGGACUCUGUUUGGAGAGGGGGAACCUGCGGAGCUACCAGACUCCAUGGGGCACCCAGGCCCGGGCAGGGUGGGAGAAGCCUUUAGCCUCGGGGCACGAUUCUCGCCUGGAAGUUUCGAGAAGACAUGGCACACAUUCCACGUGGAUGUUGCCGCCAGCCCCGUCGGUCGAGGCCCGCAGCUAGCAUCCCGUGGGGUGGGGUAGGGUGGGGUCCAAAGGGCCCUGGAAGAGGCCGAGGGCGACUCCUGCCUCGUCGAACUUGGCGGUGGUUGGGGAGGGAGUCGAAGCCUUCCUGGAGAGGACUAGGCUGGCCAGGGACGAGGCCGAGGGCUUUGGAACAAAUCAUUUGGAUCGCGCCUGAACACCCUUCCCACCCAUCCUUUGCCAAAACUUUGGUGCGGUUUGACCAGAGCCAGGGGAGUGCGGGGCCUGGGCCCAUGUUCAGGGGAUGCAGGCUCCCCGGGUGUGGGCAGGACGGGGGGGGAUAUCCCUUUGGCUUCUGUUCGUCCCCUUCCCAGCUCUCGACCCCACCCCUGGAGUUCAGCCCGGGAGCUCAAAGGAAAGGAGUAGCGAACAGCGCACCUCCGGCGGUUACGUGAUUAUCCCUCUGCAGGGCCACCCCGUCAACGAGGACCGCAGCGCCCUCCCGGCACUGGGGCAGAGACAGCGCUAGAUUCGUGUACAAACCUGUGUACCCCUCUAUAUAUAUGUUACAUAGAAUGUAUAUAUGUUGGGAACAUGCUCGCUUCUCCCGUGUGUCGCUGCUGUGCGUCGUGCACCCCUCAGCACGGGGUAAUUGCCGGGUAGGGGUCUAUGGGCGAUGCCCCCCUUCCCCACGUAGCCACCACCGGCCCAGGCCACUCCCCUCCAGUUCGUCUGCCUGUCUGUCCGUGCCCUCAGCUCUGUCCACGCUUUGAUAGGCCUGAUGCAGCCCCCAGACCAGGCCACCCUAGCAACUUCCUGUACAUACGACUGUAAAAUGGUAAACGUGUGUAUUAUAUCUGGCCUCGUUAUAUAGUGUAUAUAUAUGUAUACAUAUACAUAUAUAUAAUAUAUAUGAAAGACUGUAAAUGUUAAGACUAGUGUUCUUAUUAGUAUAUUGCUUCACACUGAAGAUUGUGUGUAUCGAGCUGUUUCUAAAAGAUGUUUAUUUUCCUUAAGAGUAAAAAAACAGUCAUUGCAUUCAGAAAAAAAGUCAAUAAAGAUACAACGAUUGUUUUGGAA